UCUUCCUCCUCCUCCUCCUCCUCCUCCAUCAUCAUCAUCAUUCCCAUGGCUUUUUGUAAAAGCUCAAGAACAACAACAACAAUAGAUCUAGGGUUAGUACUGUGCCUUCUCGUUCUUGUUCUUCUGGCUGGUUUUGGAGGCUCGGAUUUAGCACAAGACAGAGCAGAAUGUACGGAUAAACUUGUUUCUUUAACAAGUUGUCUUUCCUAUGUUAAUGGCGAAGCCAAAGCUCCAACCCUAGAUUGUUGUAAUGGCUUCAAAGACGUGGUUGAGAGGAGCAAUAAGUGUAUCUGUAUUCUACUCAAAGAUCGUGAUGAUCCCAACCUUGGCAUCAAGAUCAAUGCUACUCUAGCUGUGAAGCUUCCUUCUAUUUGUCAUGCCCCAACUAACAUCACCGAUUGUAUCAAUAUUUUGCAUUUGGCUCCUACUUCUAAGGAAGCUAAAGAUUUUGAAUAUUUGGGAAAACUGGCUGCAAAAAAUGGUUCCACCACCCCUGCACCUUCUACUGCUAGUAAUGCUAGUGCUGGGGGCACUGCUUCAUGCUCCGAUGAUAGAAGGUGGCCGGUGGCAAAGAAGGGUUUGCAGCAGUAAGGGGUCGCCAUGUGCAAUAAUGCAAACACGUAAAUCAGGUCAAUCAAGUCCAGAGGACCUAGUUGGCUCCAAUCCCAAGUAAAAUGGGGUCGAAAGUGCUACUCCACCCACAUAGCCCAGCAGCCCUUGGAGUCGUUCCUUGGCCAAAAUUUGGCCAUACCCAAAGAAAGAAGCUCCUAGACCCUUCGAUCAAAGAAGCAUUCAUCUGGCUGAGACAAGGGAAAAUGGUAAGCAAGCACCUCCACACUCGAAUGCGGGAAGAGAAUCAAAUAAAGAACCUUCAGGAUUAGUGGGUUUAAAGGAUAGAGCUUUGGCCCUAGUAAAAAAAAAGACAAACCGAAAACCCGGAGCUCAACCAACAUGUAGAGCAGUCUCAUGGCGUGCAGUAAGACAAACCAAAAGCAAAAAAUACAGCCAGAGCAAUGACAAAAAGAAGACUUACUCGAAGUGGUAGUGUUGCAUAAGGGCAGCAGAAACCUACAGCAAAGAAAUGUAACAUAUCCAAAAAAUUAUAAAAUAAAAGAAGAAAGAAAUUAAUGGAGAGAUUUAAAAACAAGGAUUAAGUAGUAAAAAAUAACUAAUAGUUAGAUUUUAAAAAAAGUUAGCUUAACCAUAAUAUAUAUUUGUUGGGUAAUCCACUUCGAUAGAUUAG